CGAACACUUACACACCGAUACCGCAACAACCCCGUACUCAGCAGACACCGGCACCAAUACAGCCUCGCACUCAACACUCACCGGCACCACAGCAGCCUUGUACCCAGCACAAUAAUCCCCACAAUAAUCCAUACUCACCUGCACAUAUCCAUGAACCCGCACGAACACAAUCCGAACAAUCACCAACAGAUAUGAACUGCACUCUCCCUUCACCCACUCUUCCGUCCACGUCACGUUCAAAAACACUUCAAACUACACUGGUUCAAUUUUUUCCGAAGUAACCGCACUACAGCAGCGCACCCAUAUUUUGCGCAUACGGCUCGAGCAAAUCCUUCGACAACAAACACAAUACACUCACCUUCUACGAUAAACUCGCUCAAUUGCAACACCACAGCGCCUACUAACAAGCACCUACUGAUCGAGCGGCUUGUAUUAGGCCGCGGGGCCAUGGGGCUUUCUCAAGCUGAGAAAUCAUUCUCAAACACUCAUUUAAUUUUCUCAAGCACUCAAAUCUUGUUCUCAGACGCGAGCCCGUGGCCGUCGUCAGUUUUUCUCACUUUGAGAAACUGAUAUUGCCACACAUGCUUUAUUUGGAGCUAGAAAAUAUAUUUUUGAUUUUUUUUUAAUUUUUUUUUCAAUUAUAAACAUUCCCGAGCCGCAAUGAUGGGUGAUUUUUGACAGCUCUACGGUGACAUCCCCCGAAAUGCUAUUUCGCGGGGGAACUCAGUGGUACUCAAGUUGAAGCCAUCUUGGGCACUCAAUUUCCAUCAUGGCUGCCGCUAGUUCAAAAAAACGACAUAGGCACACAUAGGCCCCACCGUGACGUCAUAUUCACCCCAUCAAGCAUGACCUGUCUAUAUGUGCCGACUGUUAAUUCUGCAUUGUUCUGUUCUACCGCAUUUGAAUUCUGUGAAUAGAGGAAAUUUUGUUAAGGUAUUUUUUUAUCAAGAGGCAUACUUACGAAAACUCCACUCCGUACCGGCUCUGUGACUGUCCAGAAGCUUAUACGCUCAGGAAAAUGCAAAACAUUUAUCAUGAUCAUCGAUAUGCAACAUUCGCAUCACAGCCGAUUCUGGAAACCGAAAUGAUGGAAAUUAGCACCUCCAAUCCAUCGGUGAUCCAUGCUCCACCGUCUGUUCCAUCGGUCGUCCCCGCUGUUAUUCUUGAUUCGACAUUCUUGGCUGUCUCAUCGUCACCACCACCUAUAUUCGUUUCGUCAGAUAUGUUGACCAUCCCAUCGUCACCGCCACCCAUCACUGAUGUUUCCGGUACAGUUCUUUUCGGUGGAUCUAUGCCCAGUUCGUCAGGUGGAUCCAUGCCGGGACAGCGAUCCUCCUCCGGACCGUCAUUGUUGACCAUCUCAUCGUCACCGCCACCCAUCUGUGAUGUUUCCGUUCUUUUCGGUGGAUCUAUGCCCAGUUCGUCAGGUGGAUCCAUGCCGGGACAGCGAUCCUCCUCCGGACCGUCAUUGUUGACCAUCUCAUCGUCACCGCCACCCAUCUGUGAUGUUUCCGGAUCUCUGCCCAGUUCGUCAGCCAUGCCGGGACAGCGAUCCUCUUCCGGACCGUCAUCCUCGCCCAGUCUGACGUCUGUACCUGGUUCAUCUUCAUCAUCCGGCGCGUAUAAUAAUUCACUUGAUAAAAAAGUGGACAUUCUUAUAAAACUAUCGAAGCAGACUGCGGCUGAGGUCAAAAUUAUGUUUAAUGCAAUAAAUCCGAGAGCUGGGACAACCUCACGCAAUACAGCCAUCACUGCCAUUGAAACAAAAGAAGAGUUAGAAGCCUUUAAUGCUAACUUAGAGGUUAAUACGUAUAUGGCUGAGAUGCUAUGCUCGCUUUUGUAUGCAAUUGACCAUAUAAAAUAUGUUAAAGAAAGACUUGACAAAAUAAUAGAUCUAUUGUUUUCUAGGGAAUUUCUUUCAAAAUGUAGUUGGUCAGGGAUUGGUCGUCCCAAUCAAAAAGUCGCAUUUGCUGCGUUUGAAAAUGUAUUCGUUUUAAUCAAAUUUGCUGGAGGAAACAAAUUUCUUCAAUUGAAUGACGACUACGUGAAGAAGAUUUUAGUGAGUAAAAUGGAUCAUGGGAAGGGAAGAAAUGAAACAAAAACGUUGCGGGAAAUCGUUUCACUUAGAAGCUUAGAAUAUUAUAAGUAAAUUUGUAAAGAUUCACAGAAAUAUAAAA